GCAACAGCGCAGCACAAACAGCUCGAAAUGUCAACGAAGUAUGGGGCAAGAAAAGUGUUAAUGAAUCUACAAUUCAACGGUGGUACCAAAAGUUUCGACAUGGAGAAUUGGACCUGGAAGAUCAAGAGAGUCGUGAACGCUCUUCAGCUGUUGAUGACAACGAUUUGAAGACUUUAAUUGAAACAAGCCCGUGCACAUCUGUUCGAAAGCUUGCGGAGGAGCUUGGCUUAAGCAAAACAGCGAUUUCUGAUCACUUGAAUCGUAUAGAAAAGUCAAAGAAGCUCGAUAAGGGAUUUCAUCGCAGUCAUUUAUACCUCUCUUGGGAGAACCCAUCUAUGUGUGUGAAAGCCUACAAGUAUGGUCUUCUAGCUCCUGUGCAAAAAGCAGCGUGUAAGAGAAAUUUAGCCCUCAUGCCAGUAGUAGUGGCAACUUCUCGUCGAGUUUCAGAAACUUGCCAAGAAACGUUCCAAAGGCAUCGAUGGAAUUGCUCUUCGAUAGAUUUGGCGCCAAAAUUCGCACAAGAUAUCGUAAGAGGUACCCGCGAGCAGGCUUUUGUGAGUAGCCUCGCUGCUGCUGGCUUAGCCAUUGGAGUCGGACGCGCCUGCGCUGAAGGCCGAGUCAAAACUUGCGGAUGUGGCCGUGUGGCCAGAGAACCUCCCUCAGCCGAUUUCAAGUGGGGUGGUUGCAGCGACGAUGUGGGAUACGGAGUCAAAGCCGCGAAGGCUUUUUCCUCAGAACCCUUCGACAGGCACAAAUUCAGGGCUGAUGAAAGUGUACGCCUUCACAGGCACAACAGCAGAGCAGGAUGGAGA